AUGGAAGCUGCCCCGCAGGGGCUUGAAUCUGUCGCCGACGAGGAGAGUUUGGACGAAGGCGGGGAUUUUUACCCCGUAGAUCGCUCUCCGGGGAGCGGAAGGCCGGGCAGUGGCCACGGCAGGGGGGAUGAGAGAAACGAGGAUGAUUACGGAGUGGUCUCCGUGGACGUGGAUGUAUCUGGCAAGUUAUGGGAGAUGCCUUUGUUGGAGUGCUCCCCGCUGCUUCGCCCGGGGGGAGGGACAGUGGAGGGGCUUUAUGUGUACAACAACGCGUUCAGUCUAAUGCCCAGGUCUAUUUGGCAGUUCAGCCAGCUCAAGACACUCAAGUUCUUCGGUAAUGAAAUCAACGUACUGCCACCGGAGACUGGAGAUGUAUUGGAGUUGGAGAAGCUGCAGGUGAAGUUGUCGUGGCCGGGGUUCUCUGGCAUUCCGUUCCGAAAGCUGACAGCUUUAAAGGAGCUGGAGCUCUCUAACGCCUCUGCUAGGUCGCCGGCAUUCUCUAUAUUGACCGAAAUUAUUGGGCUUACUUGCCUCACGAAACUCUCCAUCUGUCAUCUCUCUAUUCGGUAUGUUGACGUAGUUUUUUUUUUUUUUUUUUUUUUUCUAGUUCCUUUACUUCUAGAGAAUUUUCAGAUCGCAACGAGUGCGGGUCAGAAAAAAAUCCAACUGAUGGCAGAGCUAAAGCCUAUGCAAUUGUUGAGUCCUUGUGUAACUUUGUUGGGAAACUACAUUGAUGAAGGAUGUGGUUACAAUCAGAACAAAUAAUCUUGUUGCAGUUUUGUAAGAGUUGCUGCGAUAUGUUAGGCAAUUGGUGCAUUCUAAUAUUCUAAAACCUGGUUGUGGAACACUCUUCCACGCUGCAUUUAUAUUUCUUUAUUCAACUUUCCCUGUUCCCAUACACCUACAAGCAUCUUUGUUGGAGUCCUAGAAGCGUGUAUCCUUUGAGUAUCUUGUAGAUACUCCUGAGAUGAUUUACUAUUUUUUCUUUUUAACCAGGGAUGGAGUCACGGGAGCUGCAAUCUAUGAGAAAUCCUAAUUUGUAUAUAGCCUAGUUGUUAGUAAAAAAAUUAGUGCAAUGACCAAUUGAGUUGACACUUUCAAGAGCUGAUAAAAUUUCCUCCCAUCAACAUAGACAAACCUUUAAAGAAAGUCAAGCAACCGAAAAAAUCUUUCUUUCGACAAUAUCCAUUCUCAUUCUUUUAAAAGGACAUUUGAAACUGUUUGCGUCUGUGAUUUUUUCCUUCGGAUCCUUUUUUGGUUGAUUUGAGGUACAAUACUCAGUUUGAUUAGUCGGUUCUUCCAGCUCUUUAUCAGAUCAGGAUGAAGAACGCUUGGGCUGCUACAGCCAGGCCACGACUUCUUUGAGAAGGUGAAGGAGACUGGAUAUUAUUUUUCAGGAAGAGAGGAAGGAAGAGCUAAGAGUUGAGUUGUAGAGCAGGAUAUCGUGAGAGAGAAUGAGGAGGCUGCAGGUAUGGAGUUGGGUGAAGAAAGAGAUUAAACAUAUUCGGUGGGAAGUGAUGACAUGGUUAGGUUUUGUAGUAGCCUGUGGACUUGUUAUUACAUAACAGAAAAAGAGAGGAUGAUGGGGGGAAAAUGUGGACUUGUUAAUAACUCCAUUUCCUUAGGAGUGAUUUUCGUGGAGAUCUAUGACAUGGCUUUCUUGGAUCGACCUAAAAUCAUAGAUCCUCACAAGUGGCCUUUUGGUUGCAUUCUGCUUAUAUACGAAGGUGUUCUUGGUUGGAAAUGUAACAUCCAGUCACAUCAUCAUUAGGCCGCGUCAUUAGCCACAACAUCAGCUGUGUGACAGUACCCUAUCACAUAUCUCCUUAAUGAGCCUUCACAUUUACUUUGGAAAUUUUUCCAUGUUUCCAUUAGUCAUAUUUUUCAUUUUCCUGAGGUAACCUUGCUAAAUCUCUUAAGUAGAUUUGAAAGUUGUUCCAAGUUUCCAUUAGUCAUAUUUUGCAUGAUUUUCCUGAGGUAACCUUCCUAAGUCUCUCAAGUACAUUUGAAAACUGUUCCAAGUUCCCUUUAAAUUAUUUCAAAAAGCCUAAGUCUCUCAAGUACAUUUGAAAACUGUUCCAAGCUCCCUUUAAAUUAUUUCAAAAAGUAUUAUAAUUCCCAUGUGUUUCCCAAUAUGGGAUUGUUGCGGAUCUGUAUAAUCUUCCUGCUAUUGAAAGGGGAAAUAGCAACAGUCCUAAUUUUCUUCUUCUUCUCUGUUACUUUUCUCCAUGGAACAGCUAUUUUUUGUCACUAGUUGUUGAUUGGUAGCUUUGCAUUUCUUGUCUAUUUAAAUUUCUUUUGGAUUAUAUUAUCUUAUCAGUAAUGAAGGAUUUUUACACAAAGGCGUGUGCCAAAACUAUUUUAUUUUUGUGAAAUUAAUGUUGCAGAUGUAAUUUUUUUCCCUGUGUGAUCUUUCUUGCCUGAGUAUGACUCAUGAAGAUAAUCUGCGAGUUGCUUCUGUUUUUAAUUAUUUUUCUGCAGAUAUCUUAAUAGCAUUUUCUUUCCAGGUACCUUCCUCCUGAAAUUGGGUUCCUCAAAAAGCUGGAAGAGCUUGAUCUUUCAUUCAAUAAACUUAAAAGCUUGCCUAACGAUCUCUCAGAGUUGAAUUCUCUUAAAUUACUGAAGGUUUCGAACAAUAAAUUGGUUGACUUGCCUUCAGGCCUUUCGUGCUUGCAAAGAUUGGAGAAUUUGGAUUUGUCAAAUAAUAGGUUGACAUCUUUGGGGUCUCUUGAACUUUCCUCAAUGCAUUCACUCCAUUAUUUAAAUCUGCAGGUAUCUCAUGGUCUAUAUAACCUUUCUUUGAUUAAGUUUUCUUUUUUAUAGUCUAUUUUUAUUUAUUUACUUUUUUUGAAGGUUUUUAGUAUACUCUAAAGUUCAGUUAAAUGUUUUGAUAAUGCUUUCAUGCUCAGGUAGGUCAUUUUUCUGGAUCUUUCAGUAUGUACGAACUCAGUUGUAUGCGGACAUGUAUCACCCUAUAAUGGUUUUAGGUGACCAAAGUUAACCAUGCAUACCAUUUUAUUCCCCGAUAUGAUGUCCUUUGAACUCCGUUGACUAGGAACUAUAACAUGAGCAAUAGCAUUAACUCAUUUUUUGUGUUCUUUGACUUAUACUAUUUAUUUAUAUUGCAGUACAAUAAACUUAAUGGCUGCCAAGUUCCUUCGUGGGUAUACUGCACCUUUGAAGGAAAUGAAAAGGAUAUAUGUAAAGAUGAUUGUAGUCGUUCUUCUCCAGCUUAUAGGGGGGUGAUUGAUGAUGCCAUUCAAGGGAUAGGUAUGAACCACUCCCAUAAUGGUAAGAAUUCUGACAUCUGAGUCAUUUCCUCUGGAUAUGUUCAAUGCCUUCAUUAUGCGUCGUUAAACUUUUGUAGUUGCAAACUACAGGUUCGGUCUGUAGUUCUCCAACUUCAUCAGAUGCACAGUUUUUUAGUAGAUGUAAUGCAUCAAGAAGAAUGAAGAAGAAGUGGACGCGUCGGCAUUAUUUCCAUCACAUUGCUCGUGUGGAGCGUUUGAAUCACAAUAGAAAGUUCAAAAGUCAAGAGCACGGGGAGUUUAAGACGAAGAAAUGGGCUGAAAAAUGGUGGCUGCAUGAUUUGUCCUUAUUUACCCAAGGAGAUUUUGAAAUGCGCACUCAUGUCAACGAAGAAGUGAUACUGAAGAAUCCACCAAAACCAAUCUCUAUUCUAGAAAAACCGUCGGGUUCUGAAGAUGACAAACGUGAUGAUUCUAAUCUUGUUGGCAAUACAAAUGAUAAAAAAAUCGACUCCCUUAUGAGAUAUCAAAAAGACGAUUCCUCCUGUAUUACUUCUGCAGAUGCUUGUUUGAAUGGAUUAUCUGAUGGUGAACCUGAGCUUGAUAGUUCUUCUACCAGGCUACUUAAAUCAAAGGUGCUGGAUGAAGGGUCUUCUUCAGAGGAAUCUAAGAAUUCUCUUACCUCAAAACGUCACUGUGAUGUAAGCCUUGACAAUCCUAAGCGAAAGUGCCACAGACCUUUUGAGGGGUGUUCGUGCUUAUCUUGCAAGUACAGCUCUGAAUCGUACUGUGGCAUUGAUGAUCACAUACCAGAUGGCUUUUAUGAUGCAGGACGUGACCGCCGUUGCAUGCCAUUAUGUAACUAUGAUCAAAGUUUGUGCCUUGAUUCACGGGAAGUUAUUAUUCUGGACAGGUAUGGAAAUCUUUUGUGAAUUUUGCUUUAGGUUUCUUUUUUUUUAUAGUUUUUCGAUUCACAACUUCCGGGUAGUGAAUAUAAUUAUUUUAACACUUUGUGCUCGUUCCACCAGAGAAACAGAUGAGGAGCUGGAUGCUAUUGCUCUAUCUGCUAAAAAUAUGUUGUCUAAGAUGAGAAGGUCCAAUUCAUCUGAAAAAGAUACUGAGACUGUUGAUGACCUGCAUAGGGCAUCGAUGCUAGCACUCUUUGUGUCAGACAUUUUUGGGGGAAGUGAUAGGAGUUACACUGUUUUGAGGAUGCGGCAUUCUGUGUUGGGUUCGCCUGAGCAGCGGCCUUUUGUCUGCACAUGCUCUAUAGGAAACAAUAAUAAUGUCAAGGAGAAACCAAGGCACACAUAUGGUGCUUCAGGAAACAUCAAUUUUGCUGAUCUUAGUGAUAAAUCUCUAAGGAUGACCAAAGAGGCGCGCAACUCUGUCAUUGUGCCCAUCGGAGCAGUGAGGUUUGGUGUUUGUAGACACAGAGCAGUACUUAUGAAGGUAAUUAUUUUCUUUUAUGACAUUAGCAUUUCAUGCGAUUCUGUCUCCCUGAUGUUAUGAGGUUCUAACCAACAAUUUGAAACUUCAGUAUUUGUGUGACAGGGCAGAGCCUCCAAUUCCCUGUGAGCUAGUAAGGGGCUACCUAGAUUUCUUGCCACAUGCUUGGAAUGCUGUCUUCAUCAAGCAAGAACAUUCAUCAAUACGUAUGGUUGUUGAUGCGUGCUAUCCAGCUGACAUUCGAGAAGAAACAGAUCCGGAGUACUUUUGCAGGUCAGCUUGCGGCCAUUAUCACUUAAUUUGUUAGUGUAAUAUUCGUUUAGUUGUAACCCAUCAUCCUAUCACGGUUCACCAUUUACCAAGGAAUCACAUGUUUGGUAUGUAACAAGAAGAUGAAAAUUAUAAUGCAUACAUUCCUUAGUUUGGAAUUCCAGUUCUCAUUGCAUAAAUUUAACCAUCUAACAGAGAUGUGCUUUCUAAAUUCCAGUUCUUUUCCUUUGACAUAUCGAAAAUGGAGUUUAUCCUGCGCCUGCUGUUAUCUAAAUUAAACGCCCAACGAAAAUAAUUGAUGUUCCACAUUGGAUGCAUAUUCCCUAUAUUUAGUUAUAGUACACUUAUUUGAAUUCAGUUCUCUACUUUGGUCUUGUUUAAUUUCUUUUAUUGUGGCAGUCAUAGGCUGAUUUUGUUUACUAAGAAACUAUAUAAAAUUCAUGUUUUACUUUAUCAGGUAUAUUCCAUUGAGUCGGACGUAUAUUCCAUUCCCAAAUGAGAGCUCUGCCAUUCCUGGUCCUUUUCCUUCGCUACCAUUUUCCUUUCGAGACCACAGUGCAACAAUGGGUUGUGUGAAGCGAUGCAAAUUUGGUACCCUUACUGCUGCCGCAAAGGUUUGAUAACUCUUCAUUACAUAGUUAAUGUAGUAUUGAAUUCAAGUUUUGGGAGGGAAGGUGCAUUCGUUUAAUGACAGCUGAGAGUAGUUCAUGGAAAAAAUUUAUAAUCAUCAACUAGGAACUUCUCUUUCCAACUAUUAUUAGAGGUUACACCAGAAAUGGAAUCAUUGGAUUAGAAAUAUAUUGUCGUAUUGAAUGGGAAAAAACCAUCUGUUUUCUUCUAUUUCCAAUGAUCACAAGUGAUUGUAUAAAUAACAAGUGAUUGUAUAAAUAACCAAAUAAUUUUCUGGAGUCGAGAAAUAUUGUAUUAUUCGUGAUAAUUCAAUAAUAUAUCUUCAGAGUCGAGAAAUAUUUCAUAACCUAGAAUCAAAGAAAUAAUAAAAGACACAGACUAGGGCUCAUGUAAACCAUCACUUAGAUGAAAAGGAUUAACAAAUUAUUCGUGAUGGUGUAUUAUUCGUGAUAAUUCAAUAAUACAUCUUUAGAGUCGAGAAAUAUUUUUCCUCUAUUGAUUGUGUAUCUCUGCGCAAAAGAGGUAGGUGCCACCUCGUAUGCAGUAGAUGAGUUCCUGAUUAUGAUGAUUAUGUUUCGAUUUCCAUUGCUUCACUAUCGUUACAAUUAUCUAACAGAUCCCGAUUGGCGUUGCAGACGUGGAUCCUAAUUUGUUAAUCCUUCUCAUCUAGUGUGCUGGUUUACAUGAGCCCUAGUCUGUGUCUUUUAUUAUUUCUUUGAUUCAAUGUCCUAUCAUCCUUCCUUUUCAUUCAUAACCUAAAUAAAAAGAUGAUCAUCUCUGCUUACUUGACUUUGUCUCUCUUGAGACAUAUCCAAAGCAUGUCGAUUGACUUUCACGGUUUUAUUUGAGAGUAAUAGUUCAAUAUCCUUGUUCUCAAUAUUUUAUUCUCUCCUAGCAUGCAUUGGAUGACUAGUGCCUAUAGUUGAGAUUACAUUUGAAUGCUUUUUGGGUGUUUCGUAACAUCUGAACUGCUGCAGGUACGGCGUUUGGAAAUAUGUGGGAUAUCAGACGAGGAUAUUAAAAUAUUCGAGUACACAUUUUUAGGAGAAUUAAGAAUGUUGGGUGCUUUGAGAAAACACAAAUGCAUAGUAGAAAUUUAUGGGCACCACCUUUCUUCUAAGUGGGUUGCCUCAUCUAAGGGGAAAAGGGAACAUCAGGUACUGCAGUCGGCUAUCAUAAUGGAGUACAUUAAAGGAGGAUCUUUAAAGGUAGGAAUUUGAGGUUCUUCAGUUGUUAUCAACUUCUUGAGCAUCUCUAUCCAUCACUAAAUCCCCUGGGCAUUUUACUGUCAUGCAGAAUUACUUGAGAAAAUUAUCUGAAAUGGGAGAGAAGCACAUCCCCCUGAACUUGGCGCUGUAUAUCGCCCGAGAUGUUGCAUGUGCUUUGGUGGAAGUUCACUCAAAGCAUAUUAUUCACAGGGACAUUAAAAGCGAUAACGUUUUGAUUGAUCUAGAUAGUCAGAGGAAAGACAGUGCACCAAUUGUCAAGCUCUGUGAUUUUGACAGGGCCGUUCCUCUUUACUCCUUUUUGCAUACGUGCUGUAUCUCACAUCUUGGCAUCCAUCCACCUGAUGUAUGUGUCGGGACGCCCUGCUGGAUGGCUCCAGAAGUACUGUUAACUAUUCAUGAAAGAGCUGUCUAUGGCUUGGUAAGUCCUUUUCUUUGUCUCUUACAAAAAUAUUCAUUUAAUUUCUUGCAAAUUUCAUGAAAUAUUUCCAAGUUUUUAUGGUUUUUAUAUGAUUGGAAAUCACGAAACAUUACCAUGGAAUAUAUUGUUUAAAUGCGGUACAGGAGUUUCUACUUGUUAACAUGGUAAAAUGCUAUUGCUCAAUCAUAGAAUGGUAAGUGAUAUCGUGUCUAGAACUGCCUGGCCUAUAGUUAUGCUAUUGCUGAUUACAACUGGUACCUCUUCUAUUGAAUGGCCUAAACAGUAGGUAACUUUAUAGGUGACCAGGCUCAAUAUAGCGAAUACGUAAGCUUCAGUUGCAUAUGCUGGUUUAUGACUGAAUAUGUAUUCUCUAUCACUGAAACUCCCUCCGAAUCCUGACUAAGUACGUUCAAGCUUUGUUGUUGCCACCAUUUCAAGCGAUGAAUUCUAGCUUACAAUCAACCAAUGAUAGAAAGAAUGUUGAGCAGAAUUGGAAUACCUAGGCUGAUUGCGAUUCCGUUAUUCACCAAUUGUGAAUUCGAAAAGAUCAUGUACAUGUUGAUUGUCCUUUUGAUUCGUUAGUGCUAGAUGUCAAUGAUUAGCUUAAGUGACAGACAACAAUUUGGUGUAAUAAUUUUUGGAUAAAUUUCUUCUUAUUUCACGUUAUGUUUCGGGUAAUUAUCUCCUGCCUUGGCUUUUUGUUUCGUCGCAGCAGACUUUUAGUCUUAUGGUGCAAGAGUCAACUUCGUGUACCAUCCAUUCACUAUGGAAGAAAUUCUCUGGGGAGAAUUUGCCAUAUAUUUUGUUCUUGCCGUAAUGUAUUUAGCAUAAGUUGGACUCGUGAUUAAUGAUGCCUUUUAUAAUGCCAUCUACAACAGUGAAAUAAGAUGACUAGGUGGAUUCUCAGUUCUAGUUUCUAGUUUCUCUUCAAUGACUUCUCCACGUGGUUGCAGGAGGUGGACAUCUGGUCGUUUGGUUGCCUAAUCUUAGAGCUACUGACUCUAAAAAUCCCAUACGAAGGACUUUCCGAUUCAGAAGUCCAGGAGCUCCUACAGGUCUAGUGAAGUUCAACUUGGCCCCCUUAUAGCAUUCUUGGCCCAAUUUCGUUCUACAAAAGCUGUUUCAUUUUUUCGAUUUAAUCAAGUAUCUUGGCUAGGAUUUUACUUGUUCAGAGUCAUUCAUUUCUCAAGCAUCCUUGAUUCUACAGAACAUACUUUCCGAAUCAUUUAUCUACGCAUGAAAUUACGAACUGAUAUGCUGCGAUUACAUGUUUUCUCGCUUAUAAUCUCUAUCUCUUAUAGUCUCCUGUGUGUUCUUUGUAAAUUCACUGUAUAAGUUCGUUAGUCACUGAGGCGGUUGUCUCAAUCGCAGAGGAAGCAGCGCCCACAGCUCACGCCGUGGUUGGAAGAGCUCUCAUUAUCAGAUGGUCUGAUCUCAUCGAGCUUUGGGUUACUGUACUCAGAAGUUGAAAUUGAAAUUCUGAAGCUGCUUGUAGAUCUGUUCUAUAAAUGCACCAAGGGAAACCCCUUUGAUCGCCCUACUGCUCGUCAAAUAUAUGAUGCUUUGUGCCAGGUCAAGGUUUCUGCUUAG